UGAGGAGUGUUUAAUGGUGCCGUGGAUAUACAGACUCCACGUUAUACACGUGAUCACAUGGCUGCACGUGGCGGGAUUGUACAUCUUCCUCCUGCUCAAUUGUCUCAGCACGAGCUUAAUAUGCUCAAAGACCUUACUGUGAUAACUCAUGCUCAAACCCCCAGGAGAGAGGGUGUUAGUGUACCUGAACAAUAUCUAGAGAAGUUAAAUUACUCUAUAGAGUUCAUCAAGACAAAACAGGAGACUCUACAAGAUCACAUGCAAGAGCUUCAAAAUGAGAAGAUUCACUUGAUGGCCAGUAUGGCAAAACAACUUGACCGAGAUAUUGUGAGAUUAGACUAUAAAACUAAAGGUGGUAAAAAGAAGAAAAAGGACGAAGAUGACAACAAUAGUCCAAAGAAAAAGAAGAAGAAGAAAUCUGAGGAACCGGACUAUGAGACAAUGGGGGCAAUGGGUGUCCCGAAGAAUUUUAUGCCGCAGCGAGCGUCGGACAUUACUGAUGAGGUGAUAGUUAGUAGGAUGGAUGAUAAGAUGUUGAAAAAGGUAAAGAAGGAUCCAACUGUAAAAAAUCUACAGAUACAGAUAAGCAGAGAUAUUGAGAAAUUAAAACAUUUUGAUGAGCGCGUUGCCCAGAUAGAAGAUGAGAAAGAUCUCGUAGGUUUGUACUGUAUGGAUUAUUAUUUCAAUGAGCAAGAUGAAUCGAUGCCGCCCUACGCCUUCCGUCGCCAACAGAGUCGCCUGUAUCAGAAACUUCAUCCAGAUCCUGAUGUUGAAAUGAAUACAGAGGAAGUAGAGGCAGCCCUCCAGCAGAUUAACAACAAACUACUGUCAGAGAAAGAAUUCCAGUAUAUAUACUUUAUACUUGACUUACCUAAGAGGGAAAAGAUUAACUUCCGCUUGUUUAGCAUCAUUGCUGCAUUAUCAGAGAAAGUCACUCAGAUGGAUCCAGUUAUCAGGAAGUUAAUCAAUAAAGUGGACUAUAACGCCCUGGAUGUCAAGAUGGAAAAAAGCAAGGAAUUGUUUGAACUAUUACAAGAUGAGACAGUGUUACCUAUAGGCAAUGCUCCGGCAGAGACAUUAGCUGUAGAACUGACAGCUGGUGGUCUUACACCGGAACAUACCAGUUAUGUUUUGAGUAAAUUCAACAGAGAGGGAAGAGGUUUCGUAGAUUUUCUCGACUUUGUGACAUAUGUUCCAUUGUUUAUAGAUAUACACAAAAGGAUUAUACAAGACCCCUUCAAUGACAGUCUGGAUGUGUAGAAUAAUGUGUAAUAGCUGUUAUCCGGAACUCAGCAAAUGUGGGUUUUUCCCAGCUAAUCUGUCGGUACAAACAGACUUUUAUUGUUAAGCUCCAGUAUGUUACUCUACCUGUUAAUUAAUAUAUUAGUCAACCUGUUGCACUUUUUUUCGAAGCUGUA